AUGGAUAAAUAUCAGAUUUCUCUUUAGGCACACGAUAAUCUCUAUAUUGUGUUAAAUGAUUAAGGAAAAAAGCUUGCCAUGAAGAAGUUAAAAAGAGGUAAUACCUUUGCAGAUCUCGAAGAAGCUAAAAACGAUAUAGAAGUAAGACAUCUUAACAAGUUAAAAAAUGAGCAUGUUAUUGAAGUUUUAGAUGUUAUUUACAACUCUACAGAUAGAACUGGGUUUAUAAUUCUUCCUUACUUUUAAAUGAAUCUAUUUGAAUUCCUAGAGAAUGGUAAGAAGCUGUAAGAAUUUUAAAGAAGACACAUAGUAAAAUAGUUAUUUUAAGUCCUUUCUUUCAUCCACUCCUAAAAUAUCUUUCAUAGAGACUUGCAUCCAGAAAAUAUCAUGAUAACUGAUGAACAGGAAUAUUCUUCAGAUAAAAGCUUAUUUAAUAUUAAAUUAAUUGAUUUCGGAAGCUCAAAGUGCAGACAAGAUAAUUAAUUCACAGAUUAUGUAGGAGUUAGAUGGUAUAGAGCUCCAGAAUUACUAUUAAGUUGCUAAAAAUAUGAUGAAAAAGUUGAUAUUUUUGCACUUGGUUGUAUAAUUUAUGAAAUAUAUCAUAAAAAACCUCUAUUUCCAGGUACAUCAGAAUUAGCUUAGUUAAAUGAGUUGUGCGUUAUUCUAGGCUCACCAACUUAAGAGAUAUGGUCUAAAGGAGUUGAGCAAGCAGAAAAAAAGGGUUUAGAUUUAGGAAAACAUAAAAAAAGUAAUUUAAAAGUUAUAUUUUGUGAUAUGCCAUAAGAUAUGGUUGAGCUUUGCGAACUUUGUUUAACUUGGAAUCCUGAAAAAAGAAUCAGUGCAGCAGAAGCUUUAAACCAUAAGUCAAUUAUAAAUUCAAUUUGA